AUGUCUGCUCAGACCGCUCAACCCAAUGGAGAGGUACCUUCGUUCAAAAUCGUUGACAGACUCGACAAGGUACCUAUCAUUCACGAUUCAGUGUCCUACGCCCAGUUAGUGGUCUCAGCUCGACCUAGAUGGGAGAUCACGCUAACGGGUAAUCCCCACUCACUUUCUUCUCUUUCUCACUUGGUGAUUCCAACUACCCACUACAGGUCCCUCCUUCAGUCCACUCAGACCACAUCAACUAUUUAUGCGACUGCCAUUGCUCUCGCCUCGAAAUCGUAUGACCUCGCAACUCCCGUCUUGAGCAGGACCAAGCCUUUGCUCGAAUCAGCCGAUGGUCUCGCCGUCGCGACGAUCGACCGUGCCGAAGCCACUUUCCCUUACCCUUUCAAGACGCCCACCGAAGAUCUCAUCGUCGUCAAGCAGGCCAAAGGAGUCUACGAUGCGCGAAUCGCUCCAUGGAUCCAAUCUGCCCAACCCGUCCUCUCUGACGUGAUCAACAAGACUGCAGAGAUCAAUUCUGCUCUUGGCGCUCGAGCUCACGAUGCCAUUCAAACGUCUCAAGAUCUCUCUCAUGCGCUACUUGAGCAGCUCAAGACGCUCACUGCGCAGGGCAAGGUCAUUCCUGGGCAUCUUCUUGAUACUGUCACAAAGACGACUGGAGAUGUCAAGCAGAUCCUCCUUGCAAAGGAUACCACGGUCCAGGACAAAUCAAACGCCCUUGCAGGAUAUGUUGUGGACCACGUCAAACCUGUCGUCGACCAGAUCUACGACUACGUGCUCGGCGCCAAGAAACGAGCAGAGGAGGAAGCUAGCAAGCUUGCCGACCAGGCCAAGACGCACGAACCCACUCACUAG